AUGGGGUGGGAUCAACUCGCGGCCGAACUAUGGACGAAGAUUGCGGACGAGUGCUACUCACCUGAUGAAGUCCGCGCCCUUUGCUCUCCUGAAAUGCCACGGCACAUCCGGGACAGUGCUCGACCUGUUCUAUUCCGAAGUCUGAUGUUUAGAGCAUACAACAUGAUAGACCGUUUUGAUUUUAGCAAGGUCGAACCUCAUCAAUACCCAAGCUCCGUGAUUGAAAUGCAAGAACUAUCUCGCCGAAGGUUUACCGAGCUCCCAUUGAGCCCUCUGGCGCGCCAUGUCCGCUUUUGGAACUAUAUAGGAUAUUUGCCCCAGCCUACUACCCCUGAUUUGGUCAACAAGGAGAGCGCAAAGAAAAUUUUUUUGCGAACGUAUGCUGACGCGAUGUGGCCAUUGUUCAGAGCAAGCCUUCCGCUCUACAUCGGAUUGACGAGCCUCAUUAUGGCAAACGUUGUCAUUGACGAUGAGACUGUUACAGCUUUGAACACUUUGGACAACCUGGAAUUACUGCGGUUCAUCAACUGCAUUGUUUCCAUUACCACGAAGUGCUUGCGUUGCUUCGACCAUUUAACGGGAUAUCUACAACAAGAGGCCAACCCAACCUUCCGCGUUGAGCUCAUGAUUGGAGUUUGUCCCACCCUGACCAACUUGAAUAUCUCUGCCGGUAAAGGACACUACCGCGAGCUCUACUCCGCUUUGGAGCAGUGCCCUCUCCUACAGGAACUCUGUAUCGAAUUUACCGCAAUCGACGAGGUGGCUUUUGAAAGACCCUCGCCAGAGGCGCAUCUCUCUAUCACAGCCUGCCCACAUUUAUCCGAAUACACGGGACCUGCCUACUACGCCGCAGACAUCAUUACAGGUCGGCCGGUGCACACGAUCAAGCUCGUCCAAUUACCUGAUCGGGCUCUAGAGCAUCCAUGCAUUGACUGGAUCAGGGAGCAUUUUAAAAGAGGAACCGUGCCUGUGGAAGUCUUUGAGAGUCCUCAAUGGCCGGCGAGUGCAUGCAUUGACGAAACGUUCCCAACACUGUUUCACGAAUUCCCUCAUUUAGUGUCGUUGCGACUUAUCAUUGCACCGUUUCAGCUGAAUGAGGACGUCAAUCUGCGUGACGAAGCAGAAAGAGAGAGAUACAAUACAUUGCAUUACCUUAAUAUCCUGCACAUUCUGAGUGCACCUCUCCCAUACAAGAUACCACCGACCUUGCGGACCUUGGAGCUAGUCACUGACACAGAAUAUGAAAGGCACCCAAUUCAUACUAUUUUUUGGGAUGUCGUAGAGGCACUGAGGCACUCUGCGAACUUUGCAAAUCUGCAAAAAUUGGUCGUUGGUACUCUUGAACGCUUCCAGACAUGGGGGAAAUCGGAAUAUGGAAUCUGGGAAAUGGUGCUCGAAGAAACAAGUUUUGACUUUGAUGGAGAAGGCUGGGAGUACUACAGCGACUUUGAAGACACAUCAGAUGAUCGGAGAGAUAUAACGGAGGGGGAAGAGGCGUCUAUAGAUAUUUGA